AUGACAAAGGGCUUGGCGGCCUUCGCCUUUUUCGUCCUGGUCGCUGUAGCCGGGGCUUCUGAUGCCAAUGCAGCAGACGCACUGGCUCUAGACGGGGAGUGCAACAGCGGCGACUGCGCACUCAACGCACUUCAGCUUCGCAGCGCACAGCACUCGAAGGACUCCCAAGACUUCGAAGAAAGAAUGGUGAGGAAGAUGGAGGGACUCUGCCCAGAAGGCAUGGUUCCCGGCCCGCCAAUGACCGACUAUUGCUGGCGGAACAAAUGCCCCGGGCCCAAGGCCGUGUUCUACUCCAUGGCCCCUUGCUCCUCCUUCUCGGGCUGUUCCAUCGAUGACUACAUGCGAAAAAAAUACAGCUACUAUCGCGGCCCUGGCAACUACUACGACUACAGCAUGAGAUUGCUUGAAGAAGAUGCUGUAGAAGCUGCUGAGACUGCCGCCUCAGAGGCUUCCGAUUCCGAGGUGAUUGAGGACGCAGUCGAGGCCCAGAACUCCACCGAGUGCCCACAAGGCUUGCCAUUCUUGGCAGAUGGCCGGUGCUUCCGCAAUCGGUGUAUACCACAGAGCAAGACCACGACAAUAUACACAAUGGCCGUGAACUGCAACUUCUACACCAGCUGCGUCAGAAUCCCGCCAGGCGGUGUGCGAGGCCUUCCGGUGCCUCAAAAUAGUACCUCAAUGUGA